UCUUGCUAUUCUCUGCAACUUUGAUGAUUCAUCUUAAAAUUUCAGCGGUGUUAGGUAUCAUCAGAGAGCCUACGACGUCUUUAAAAAAUCUACGACUCUUUAAAAAAUCGUUUGAAUUUCAAAGCCAUUUGCGAGCGAUUCUAAUGAAUCUGAAAUGAUCACAUUCUAGCGUUAUUUAGGGUUUAUGAAAAAACCCUCAUUUUUUCUUUUUACAUAGGUUAGCAAUGAAGUUAUCUUUUAAAGGAUAAAUGCUAGUAUUUUAUGCAGUCAAAUUUGAGCAGAAUUCAUAAGUGAAAAUUAUAGUAUAUAAAGGUGAAAGAAAAAUGAUUAAAGUUUAAAAAGUGAACUUUGGAGAGUGAAGUUUUAAAAUGCCUUUACACUCAGAGAUUAUCAAUGCAUCAUGCGUCAUAUUUUGAUUGGCAAUUUUGUUUCGGUAACAUGUUUCUGUUAUUAGUUUUAGUUGAUUGUUAAACCAGAAGAAGGAAACACUACAUUUGUAGAGUUUUGGAGAAAUCAUUCCAACUGUGUUUACUGGGAUUUUGAUUGUUCUGCAAUGAUAGUGUGAAGCUAAUGAAGGCAUUGAAGAGGUGCCAUAAAGGUAGAGAAGAAGAUAGGCUGGAGAAUGAGUGUGUACUGACCACUGAGAACAGUUCAUAGUUGAGCAGGAAAAGGAAAUGAACUGAAGAGAAGUGAAGGGACAUUUACAUAAAGCCGGAAGACUGAAAACAGUUUGACAUGAGAUUUAAAGCAAAGUGAAACUUAAAAAUCCGACUCAAACCGUGUGUGUGUGUGUGUGUGUGUGUGUGUGUGUGUGUGUGUGUGUGUGUGUUUUGAGAAGGCUCUCACUAUGUGGUCCAGGCUGGCUUCAUGGCUUCAGAAUUGGAGUGACCCUCCCCUCCUGCUUCUGCCAUCUUCUGUUGUUUUGAGACAAGCUCUUGACUAUGUAGCCCUGGCUGGCCAAGAACUUGCUAUGUAGGUUAGGUUGGCCUACAAUAACCAGAGAGCCACCUGCCUCUGCAUCUCGAAUUCUGGAUUGUAGUGUGCAUCACCAUAUAUAUGGCUUGCAUGUAGUUUUGGUUUGAUUGUUAAAGAUAGGAUCCUGACGAGAUCAGUCUCUUGUGUAGACAAAGACAAUUUUAAACUCCUGAUCCACCUGCCUUUGUCUCCUCAGAACUGUUUUAUAGGUGCACACCACCACAGCUUAUAUGUUUUGUUGCUGCUUGUUUCAACAACUCAAAAGAAUGGUUAUUUUUAAAAUACUUUUAUUCUUUAAGACUGUCAUACAGUAGAACUCUCCAGAUCCGCCCACAUCUCUGUACCCCCCAAAUAUAUGUCCUUUUUGUUUAAGGAUAUUUUUUUAUUGUACCCUUUUUGUUGUUGUUGGUUUUAGAUUGUGUAAUUUAAUAACUGGUUUUAUAUAAAUGCAAACAGUCUUCCAGUAAUAGUUUUGAGCACUCGGGGCUGUAGGUUGAAGAAGUAAAACAUAACUGAGACAGUACAGGAGUUAAACUGUGAUAAAAGUAGGAGCUGUAAGAGAGUAAGUGGAGAAGGAAGUUGUAGAAGGCUUGGGUGGGAAGGAAAGGUUUCUUGGAAAAAGAAGCCUUUUGCUUUCUACAGGAAAACUUAUGUGCUAAUAGAUAAUGUCACCAAAAUGUCCAUCCUCUGUUUAUUAUUAAUUUAUUUUGUUUGUUUUGCUUUUGUUUUUAUGAGACAAAGUAGUCCUGUGUAGCCUUGGAAUCCCCUGGCUGUCCUGGAACUCUCUGACCAGGCUGGCCUCAGAGAUCCACCCGAGUGCUGGGAUUAUAGAAAUAUAGGAGUAAAUGGGUCCAGUAAUUGGAAUGACUCCGGAUAAGAGAGCUGAGACCCCGGGAGCUGAGAAGGUUGCAGGACUGAGUCAGAUUUACAAAAUGGGGAGUUUGCCUGAAGCUGGGGAAGCUUCCAGGCCAAAGGCCACUCUAGUGGGCAGUGACUCCACAGAUGACGAACUAACAAACUUGAACUGGCUUCAUGAGAGUAGUGACCUUCUAACCAACCUCAGGCUCGGCGGUGAAGGCCUUCCAAUGGUUAGCCCAUUGUAUGACAUAGAGGGAGAUGAUAUGCCAUCCUUUGGACCAUUGUGCUGCCAGAACCCAGAAAAGAAGUCAGCAACUUCCAAGCCCCCCUACUCCUUUAGUCUUCUCAUUUACAUGGCCAUCGAACACUCGCCAAAUAAGUGCUUGCCUGUCAAAGAGAUUUACAGCUGGAUCCUGGAUCGCUUCCCGUACUUUGCCACUGCACCUACAGGCUGGAAGAAUUCUGUUCGGCAUAAUCUAUCCCUGAAUAAAUGUUUUCAGAAAGUGGAAAGAAGUCACGGCAAGGUUAAUGGAAAAGGCUCCUUAUGGUGCGUUGAUCCAGAAUAUAAGCCCAAUCUUGUGCAGGCCUUGAAGAAGCAACCGUUUUCCUCUCCACAAAGUGCUUCUUUAUCGCCUCACUACUUAAGCUCUGUUCUCAAGCAAAGUCAAGUGCAAACUCUUAAAGAAUCUGAUAUUGAUGCUGCCACUGCAAUGAUACUUUUAAAUACUUCAAUAGAACAAGAGAUGUUAGAGUGUGAGAAGCCUCUGCCUCUUAAAACAUCACUGCAGAAAAAGAGGAGUUACGGCAGCGCGUUCAGUGCCCCCAGUGCUGUGCAACUGCAGGAGAGCCAUUCUCCAGCCUCCAGCAUCGACCCAAAAGCAGACCAUAACUACAGUGCCAGCGGCGUGGCAGCCCAGCGUUGUGCAUCGAGGGCUAGCAUGUCUUCCCUGUCUUCUGUGGAUGAGGUGUAUGAAUUCAUCCCCAAGAGUAGCCAUGGCGGGAGUGACGGCAGCGAAGGCUUCCACAGUGACGAGGAGACAGAUGCUGAGGAUGAGGAUCCUCUUGCAGACAGUGGCUAUGCACCGCAAGCUCUUGAAGACAGCACUCGGAAAGGACAGCCAGGCCAAAAGAUUCCAAAACAGUCAUGUCAAGAGAUCGAUGAGGAGCUCAAAGAAGCAGCCGGGUCGCUGCUCCACCUUGCUGGAAUCCGCACCUGCCUUGGCUCCCUUAUAAGUACUGCAAAGGCACAAAGUCAAAAACACCGGAAAAAGUAGAAAUGCUUAUAGUGUGGAGUUGUUUUAAAGUGUGGCAAUACUCUUCUACUUAACUUUUUACCAGGGAUACAGAGCCAUAUCAGAUGGACCGCUUUAGCUAAGGGUGGGGGAGGCGUGCCACUUGUUUCUUUCUAAAUAUUUUUUGGUUGCUUUUCUUUUUUGUUUAAACAGUUGCUCUUAGGAUCAUGCAUAAUUGUAAAUCUGACAUAAAGGACCCCACAACAUAAUUUCUGUGAAUAAGUGUCUCCCAGAUUUGGAAAAUUUCGUAUAGAAAAAUUCUCAGCCUCUGUCUUAAACUUGUAGGGAAAAAAUCUCUUUGUUAAUCGGUUAAAAAAUUGGUAACUUGGAUUUUCAUUUUUCUUCCCAUUCUGCUGUGAACUAGUUACUGGUAUCUCCCUGACGUGCUUCUCUCCUGACGUAGUGCAGGAGGGUGAGAUGGGAUCGCUUGUCUGACCUUGUUUCGGUUGUUCUUUGUUGCAGCAUGAGCUUGGCCUCUUCUGCAGCGGGAAGAGCCUAGGUGCCUAGAAGGUUCUCUGGUCUGUGGAGAAUGGAGCAGUUGUAAGGCAUGGGAAGGCCAUCUGGGGAUGAGGCUCAUCUCAUGACUAGCUCCUGCAGUAGCAUCUCUGCAAUGCCCCACCUCACAGUUAACGCACAGCCUCGAGGACCUCCGCCCUUCCCCAGAGCACUCUGCAAGCGCUUAAGCUUUAGCUGCUCAUUGUCUUGCUUAAGUAAAAAUGUCUGAGGAUGCAGCCGGAGAGUGUCAUGGAGUAGCAGUCGUCUUGACACACGUGCAGAGAGGCUUGCAUUUGUUUUCUCACCGUAGUGUAGUGAAGGGAGAGUGUGACAUCAGAAGUAAAGUAGGUCACUGAGGGCGGAACUGCCCAAGCUUCGUAAAGUUAAAAUUAAAUGUAUAGUGAGUUAGAUUUAAAACAGUAUUAAAUGUCCUACUGAGGAAGAUGUAGAGAUCAAUAUCUUCAGGGAUUUCAAAAUACAUAGAAAAACUGGGUCUUACACAAAACUUUGAGAAGGCAAUGUAAUAACCUGUAUGUGCCAUUAAUCCACGCUAGAAGAUUUUAUAUUACCAUUUCAAAAGUGCAUUGGCUAAGAUUUUAAAUAUUUGAACAAAACUGCUUAUAUGAGACAGUUUUGACUAUAGUGUUAAGAACAGGGAUACUAAGGCUAUAUAACUCAUAUAUAUUUUUUUACAGUGGUGGGAGAAAUUUUCAGAAACCUUAGUCUUAUUUCAUGAUACGUCCUGUAUUCUAGACAGUGACCUUGAGUUUUUCUCACUUACGUGCACACACCCUUGCUGUGCACACACAGGCUCAGGUUAGCUUCCUGCGUUCAAAUGUUUUUAUGGCUCUACAGCAUCUUCUUGGACUUUUUAAAGUGACAAAUGUUUUUAUUUUUACUUCUAAAUGUUUUUCUGGGCAAUAUUGUCAAAUAAGAAAAACAAAAGAAUGUUUCUUAUGUGACCACACUUAAGCUAUAACAGUAUUGAUACACUCCUGAAUCCAUGUUAGUUAUAAUUGAAUUUGGAGAGCCAAAUUAAUGGAAUUGGUGCUACUAAAAUAUAGACAUUUUUCUUUUAUUGAUAAUGCAGGAUGAGGAAUUUGGAAUUUUUCUAAUUCAUAAAUGUUAUCUCUCAGAAAACAGUUAAAGUUUUUACUGCAGACUGAAUGAAACACCAAACAGAAGUGUGGUUUUAGUGUGGUACAAGUCUUGAAGAGGUGGUGGAGUUCGGAUGAUAGCAUGGACUUGUGCAGCUCCUCACCGUGCCCUUCUGAGAGGUCCUUCACAGUUGUGCUCACCGCAUUCUGUUCCGACUGAUGUCCCUGGCCAGGGGGCGGGCUGUUCUGCAAACAGGAAAAUGAUCUGAAGUAGGAGGAAAGAGUUGUUCUCAGCUCCAAGAGAAGGAUCUUUUCAGAUUUGAUGUUUAGGCAGUAACUUAAAUUCCUUUCCCUCCUUCAGUGGCCUCUUAUUUAAAGCAGCAGCCAUUAGCAAGGAUGGCGUCAUGUGCCUGUGCACUUAGAACUAACAUGCAGAGUCCCUAACAACUUGCACUUCUUGUAGGAUUCAGUGUCUCACUUUCCGUUUGCUGCUGUGCCCAGGCACCCACUUCAAGGGGAGAACCUUCAUGAUUGGGUCCCUUAUGCUGUUCUUGGAGAUUAUGUGCCUAUUUGGUGUGCUUAGCCUGAAGCAUGGCUUGGAACUAUCCAGUUGAGGAAGUCAUCCUGAAUUUUACGGGCUAGAAAUUCCCAGAAAAUCGCAAGCUUUGUGUAAUAAAGACAGCUUAGAAAUCCAAGGACAACAUACAUGUUUCAAUCAUUUAAACUGGUUUUAGCUAAGGUAUACUUUGUCUUAUAUCAAAAUAAGAAUUUUGUUGGAACCAAUUCCAUUUUUAAUGGAUUCCUAAUAAAAGUUGUGUCUUAGCACUAUUAACUUUAUUUUCUACAUUGCCAAGAGAAUCAGUGUUUCUUGAAUAUGUCUUUGAAAUUUGUGCAAUAUAUUAAAAAUAGUUGAUUUCUUUGCUUUCAAAUUUAGGAUGAAAUAUUGCCUCAAUCAGUAGAAAAGCAGGGGUGCAUCACCCCUUUCCUUGGAGCCUUUUCUGUUCUCAUAGCCAGCACGACUUCUCUUAACUCAGAUCCUUUGUACAUUGUAAAGUUUAGCACAUGUUGUCACCGCUUUCUGAGGCAUUCUGUAAAGGGUUCAUACUAGAUGGUCAGUUAAAUACACGUUAGCAUAGUUGAAAGCUAGAGCAAGAGUUGAGGGAAUACUUGUGUCUUGUAGACUGGAGGCCUUCUCAGCAGCAAAGGCUGUUGUCUCAGAUGGACAGCAGCUUAACGAACGCCCUUUGAAAACUAUAAGGCAACUUUUGAGGCUUUCUGGUUUACAUAUAUGUCAUGGAGAUUUUUUAUUAUUAUUUUGAAAUGUCUAAGUUUUGAUUAAAGUUUACUCCAAUGUGUUGAUGAUGUAAUCAUAUUUAUUGAAAGGCAAAAUAGAAUGUUUUCAUGUUAAACCUGCCAUUUCCCAAGACUAUUCUUUGCAUUUAACUGCCAGUGCCAUUGUCAAAGUUGUACUUUUUUUAUUAAACACAGUGCUUAAUUUUAAAGUAUUAUGUUGCCAUCAUAGUGUAUAAAAUGUAUAAUUGCCAUUCAUUGUAACUAUUAUUUAUUUUUAAACUAAAGUAUAAGAAAACCUUUUGAUUAAAGAAAUUUGUUAUUAAAUUGUUUUCUCUUUUCUGAUGUAGCAUAAAAACUUCUGAGUUUAACUGCCAACAGAUGACCAACCACAAGUGAACCACUUCUCAGUUGCAGCCUUGCUUAUAGCAGAAACAACUUAUAAACAUUUAGUUUUUUUAUCUAAUCUCUGACUAUUAAAAUGUUUAUAAAGUUUAUUUUUACCAAAGAUAUGCAAUUCAUUAUGAUAAAGUUGCAGAAUAAACAUCAUUUUAUAACA